GCAGCGCCCGCAGCAGGAUCCGCGCGGCCGCAGCCGGGAUGUGGCUGCUCCCCGGCGGGAUCUAAGGUGACUAUGGAGAUCAGCGGUCUCCCGGUGGAGUUGUGGCGCCUGAUUUUAUCCUACUUGCGUCUGCCCGACCUUGGCCGCUGCAGUCUGGUUUGCAGAGCUUGGUACGAGCUGAUCCUCAGUCUGGAUAAUACCCGAUGGCGCCAGCUGUGCCUAGGCUGCAUCGAAUGCAGACACCCAAACUGGCCCAACCAGCCUGAUGUGGAGCCCCAGUCCUGGCGGGAAGCCUUCAAACAGCACUACGUCGCCUCAAAAACCUGGACCAAAAACGCCCAGGACUUCGAGUCCUCCAACUGCUUCUACUUGUUCCGAAGGAAGAAGGACCGCCAUGUCCUCCGCGUUGGGCAGGGCUGUGAGUUCGAUACCCUCCGGGCCGCCUUGGCCUCGGCCGGCGUCUACGACCGGAUUGUGCUGCUGCCAGGGGUGUAUGAAGAGCAGAGCGAGAUCAUCCUCAAGGUGCCGGUGGAGAUCGUGGGGCAGGGGAAGCUAGGAGAUGUAGCCCUGCUGGUCAGCAUUGAUCAGCACUGCCCAACCACUCGCCUGUGCAAUGUGGUCUUUAUGCCAGCCUGGUUCACCCCUGUGGUGUACAAGACGACCUCUGGCCACGUCCAGUUCGACAACUGCAACUUUGAGAACGGGCAGCUGCAGAUCCAUGCCCCGGGGACAUGCCAGGUGAAGUUCUGCACUUUCAAUCAGUCCAGCGUCCAUUUCCACAGCGUGGCCCUAGGGGUCCUGGAAAACUGUGAGUUCACCGGCAGUGAAAACGCCUCUGUCACCAUAGAGGGCAUCCCAUCCUCUGAGAGGAACUGGGCCUGCAAACACCUAACCACCCUGGCCAAGUCCCACUGCGUGUUACAGGCGUCAGACCCUGCACUUUGCAACGUGUCGAAGCGGGGAGGCUGGGGUGGCCCCCCUGCGAGGAACGUAAGAACCUGCAAGAUCGUGGUGGGUGGGGACCAAAGUAAUUUACUUCCUGCUUCCAAGACUCAGCUGGUGCUUGAAAAAGCAGGCGAGAAAGAGGCUGAAGUCAAUAGCAGACUUUAUACAGCAAAGGAGGGGGAAGCCAUGACCCUGGAGACAGACUCUAGUGACAGCGAGCUGAGCACGAGCAGCGAGAAUGAGGACGACGACCGGUCGAUGUACAAACUGUCCUAUCGGGCCCACGGUCUGAGCCACAUGCUGGCCCAGGUGAUCCACAGCAGGCCGCAAACCAGUGGGCUCACCGCCCUGCAGAGGGACCUGGAGCUCAAAACUCUGCAGCAGGAGCUGCAGAGGGACAAGGAGGCCCAGUCUCUGGCCAGCUCUCUGCAAGGAUGCCUCAUUCGGAAGUGCCUCUUCAGGGACGGGAAAGGUGGGGUCUUUGUCUGCUCGCAAGGGCGAGCCAAGCUGGAAGGGAGCGUCUUCAGGGAGCUGACCUAUGCGGUGCGCUGCAUACAGAACAGCAAGAUCAUCAUGCUGAAGAAUGACAUUCACCACUGCAAAGCAUCAGGGAUAUUUCUGCGCUUGGCAGCUGGAGGUCUGAUUGCAGACAAUAACAUCCAUUCAAACUGCGAGGCAGGGGUGGAUAUCCGGAAGGGAGCCAACCCUCUGAUACUGUGUAAUAAGAUACACAGUGGCCUUCGCUCAGGCAUCGUUGUCCUUGGCAACGGAAAAGGCAUCAUCCGUAGCAAUCAGAUCUAUGGGAAUAAAGAAGCCGGCAUUUAUAUUCUGUAUAACGGGAACCCCGUUGUGAGUGGGAACCAUAUAUUCCAGGGGCUUGCAGCUGGUAUAGCAGUGAAUGAGAAUGGAAGAGGCCAAAUAAUAGAAAACGUCAUUCGUGAAAACCAGUGGGGAGGGGCAGACAUCCGGCGCGGGGGUGACCCUGUCCUCAGGAGCAACCUGAUCUGUUGUGGCUACUCGGAUGGAGUGGUGGUGGGAGAGAGAGGCAAGGGGCUGAUCGAAGGAAACACCAUUUAUGGUAACAAGGGCUGUGGCGUGUGGAUAAUGUCCUCCAGCCUUCCUCACGUCACAAACAACCGAAUUGGCCACAACAGCAUCUACGGAGUGGCCGUGUUUUGCCGCAAGGAUGAUGCCAACGACUAUCUCGCCAACCAAGGCGGCAACGAGAACUUCAACGACGAGGGCGAAGCUGCCAGCUGGGAGAAUGACUUGGACAGCGAGGACGAGCACUUCACCUCCCGACGGCCCAUCAGUGUGGCACUGGUGGAGUCCAACAGCAUCAAUCACAAUGGAGCCGCAGGCUUGUACGUCAAGAGCAGCGAAGCACUUAACAUCAUAGCCAACGCCAUCCACGCCAAUCACGACAGUGGGGUUGCUGUGCUUCAGAGCAGCCAGCUCACACGCAUCGCCAACAACAGCAUCUCCUGCAACAGCCUCGGAGGGGUGCUGAUCGAAAGCGAGGCCAGGGUGGAGCUCCGUGGCAAUGGCAUUUACGACAACAGCAGCCACGGCAUCACCUCCAAGGGCGAUGGGGUUAUCGUUGAGAACGACAUCGUAGGCAACCGGGGAUGUGGCCUCCAGUUGUUACAGACGGCAGACAUGAAGGUAACCAAGAACAGGAUCCAGUCCUUUUGGGAUUAUGGGAUUGUUAUGCUUGACCAAACCAAAGGCCUGGUGCAGGAAAACCUGAUUUUUCAAGGGAGGUCCAAGAAGACCAUUUUGCAGCAGGUGUCGAAUGCAGAAGAUUGUAUUGUGCAGAACAACAAACUUCUCAUCUUCAAGAGCAAGUCUGAUGUUGCAUGGACCCUGGAGAACCCUCCAGCACGACCUCACAUCGAAGGAUCCACCCGAGGAACCUCCACGGCAACGAACAGUCAGAAAGUUACCACCAUGUCGACCAGGAUAGCUGCACGGAUGGACGGAGGCUGUCGCAACAACGGGAGCAUCUUCUGCACUAUUCUUUGACUCCCGUGUGAGUUUCUUCACCUUUCUCUUAGGCUGGUGCCACUGCAGAGACCAAGCUGGGAAGGGUCUCUUGUGCCCAUUCGUUGCAAGAAGCUUUCAUUGUGGGGUCUUCAUUUUAAUCCCCCCUUCUUUUACCACUUUGGGAUACUGCCACUCCCAAAACAUAUUACACACUAAAUCAACAGUGGCAGGAGCACAUUGCCAUCUGCUUUCUGUUUCUUAUUUGAGCCAUUUGACCAAUCUUAUAGCAAUUGCCAAGCAAAUCAGUUGCCUUGGACAGACCACAAUAAUGCCGGUGUCUAGCCAGUUAGGCCUAGAAAAGGAACUGGGAAUGAAUUUUACUUUCCUGCCAGGAACUGGAACUGUUUCAGCCCAGAGGAAAGGCACAGGCUUUGCCUGUUGCAGUGGCAAAAUAAAAGGAGCAUUGCAGUUGCAUGAAGCCGUAGACUCGCAGGGCACAAAACUAAACAGCAACAAAAACGCCACUCAGAGUUCAGUCACAAGCAGGCAGAAUGUCAUGAUGAUUUAAAGAGGGCAAAAAAUAAUCCAUAGUGGCUUGUUGGCAGCCACCUGUACAGGGAAAAGUAUGUAAAGAGUGGAGGAUUUUAGAAGCUGAUAAUAUGUCCUGUGUAAUCUGGUUUAUCUCCAGGAAAUAAUUGCUCGUAGCAGUUCUGGCUUGUAGUGUAAGACUUGCUGCUGCACUUAUGAUACUCAAAUGUCCAGACCUCCUCUAAGUCCUAGUGUUGGAGAUGAUGCGUUAAGGCCCAGUCUGCACUGGAGCUAAAAUGGUCUUGAACAAUGAGGAAUAAAUAGUAAAGUCAGAGUUCACACUGCAACUUUUAAAUGCUAGGAAUUCAUCUCCCCUCGCAAAUUCAUCCUUCCCUGACAACAGUCACCAGCGAUUGGUCUUCCUGAACCAAUGCCAUGACCAGGAUGAGAGACAAACAUUCUAGAACUCUUUAAGUGGCAGGAGUGAAACUUCAAGCAGUGGGUCAGUGUCCUGCUGUCGACAGACCCCGAAGUACUGUUGCAAGGAUGAACUGGGUACUGGGAGUUCAACUGUGCAGGCAAGUGUGAAAGUCACAGUGUGCUGCACCACGUAGUGACUAUAACAUGAGAAAUCAGGACAACUCCAAAACAUUUUCUGCUGCUGAAUCUUGGAGGCGAGUAAGAAAUGUGCAAAGGGCUCUUCUUUGCCCCUGAUCCCGUGUGCAAACGGGGUCCGCCUGCCUCAUAUACAGUUGUCCCAUCUGUGCUCUUGAGAUAUAGCAUUGUGACUCCAGGCCCAGCAAGGCACCUAUCUAGAGCUGGUACAGUUUGGCAAUAACGGAAGCUGAAGCUUUUUCUGCCUUCUCCAGGAUGUUGGAAUUGCAGGGCAAAGGAGAGUGUUGCUCUUUCACGUUUCAGCCUUUCUCACUUGGGGAUGGAGCCUCAGUUAGUCAUGUUGACUUCAGUGGAUUUAUACCAGCUCGGGACCUGGAUCUUUCUCUUCUUUUCAGGCAAGGUCUAGGCUGAAUCUUCUCUCUCCACAUCAUCUGUGACACACAUCCUGUGACCACAUCGCUGGUAUAAAUUGACAUGACUCCACUGAAGAACCAUUGACUCCAUUAAAGUGAAAGUAGCGACGCUGGUUUACACCCUAUUUUUUUUGUUUGUUUUGUUUUUUUUA